AUGGAUUCAUUCGAUAUACCCGAAGAUUUCUACGAAACUUUAAAUGAGAAAUAUGAACAAGCGGUGAAGAAUAACCACAUUUUAUUCAAUGGAGACGCUGCCGUAAAUGAACUUGUGAAAGUCAAAGCUAGCGAAUUGACCAUAGAUUUUCAAUUGACAUUGCUCACCUCUUUAGCUCACAAGCCAGAGCAAGGAGACCGUGAAUCAAACCCAUUCGAGAAACCAGAGCCCGAACUCACUAUUCUCAAUAACUACGGCCCAAACAAAGAGUUCCGGGUAGUUUUCAACAAAUUUCCUGUUGUGCCAUUGCAUUUCCUAUUGGUUACCAAAGAAUUCCAGUCACAAAAUUCUCCCUUAUCUCCAGCGGAGCUAUUUGCAUCGUACAAAAUAUUGAGCAAGGUUGUUGAAAAGUCAAAGAGAAAUAACUCUGAGUGGUUUGCCUUUUUUAAUUGCGGACCUGAGAGCGGAGCCUCACAACCUCAUAAGCAUAUUCAAUUCAUGAUUCAACCUCCUCCAUCUAUGCAGUUCAAGCCCUACGCAGAGACGCUAGCCCUUCAAGCCGAAACUGUUUCUGCUAAAAGCAAGCCAUUUCAAAGUAAUAACUUACCUUUUGCGCAUUUCUUGAUCAAACUACCAGAUGAAUCACAUGUCGACGAGAACGUAUUGGCAACUUCGUUUACAGCCCUUUUGCAGCGUACAUUAACAGUGCUCAGAUCAAAUGAGCAAAAACAAAUUUCAUACAACUUUAUUAUGACCCCUUCUUAUAUGCUAAUGGUUCCACGUGCAACUGCAAAGUACGAGGGGAAGCUCGGAAUUAACUCGUGCGGUUUUCAAGGACUUAUUUUGUGCAAAAAUGAAGAGUUAUUCGAGAUGGUGAAGCAGAAGGGGCCCCUAGAUAUUUUACGAGCAGUAGGUUUCCCCAACACCACUGAUAUCCCAGAAGACGAAUAUCAUUAUUAA